AUGGAUUCCACAACCAACAAUCCCACGCCCACCUCAAGUUCCUCUUGGACUUAUCCUACCAGAACAUGCCGCUAUUGUCUUGAAGAUGUACCAGCCUCUGUCACUCUCUACCCGCCGGGUCUACCUUUGUCAUUCCAACGUCCGGUGGUCGAGUACAAGAAUGAGGAUGAAUACGGUCGGCUCAUAAAGCCCUGUUUGUGCAAAGGCGGCAUGCGUUAUGUACAUGAGCUUUGCUUGAGACGUGCACGAACCGAGAGCCAACGUGAAGGUUCCCUGUGGAAGUGUCACCAAUGUGGUUACCAGUUCAGUUUCAACAGAUUGACUUUACAGAAGUACCUUGGUUCCAAACCAGUAUCUGGUGCUUUGACUAUCAUAUUCAUGAUCCUUGUCAUGUUUCUCCUGGGCUUCAUAGCUGAUCCGAUCCUCAAUCUCUAUACUGAUCCUUAUGACACUAUUAUGAGGCAUGAAGAUUUGUGGGAGCGAGUCCAAGUCAAACAGGUCAAGGCGGUCAACAGUGGUUGGGGACAGCAUUUCAUAAAAGGCCUGGUUUCCAUGGGAGUGUUGAGUUUCGCAAGAACCAUGUUACUCAAUCCUUUUCACUGGGUCAACUUAAGAAACACAGGCUUCUUUGGUGGUGGCAGAGCCACCGGAAGAUCAACAACUGGUCGAGACCGCGCACUUAACGUGAGCUGGGUAAUGAUUGCCUUUGGCGUCGUCACAGCUUUCUAUCUCUUUUACAAGUGGGUACAAGCAAUCAUUUCUCGCUAUCUGCAACAUAUCGGAAACAAUAUUGUUGAUACACAGCUACCUGGAGAUGACGAUGAUCUGAAGCCUCCCACAAAUUUCAAGUUUGAAGAAAGUUAUCCUGACCUUGUACGUCCAAAGCCGGGGGGAGCAAAUGACAGUGGUGAGGGUCAGGAAUCCCACACAUUCCCUACCACACCGGACUCCGAUAUUUUGGGCCCUCAACAAACCUCGACCAACAGCAAAUCAACACCCGCCGAGCCUGAGUUCAGAGAAGAAGUUGAAUCACAGACACCGAAUCUAGUCUCGCCAAAAGCAGACACACCACAAGAGAUACCUGAGCAGAGAAGCACGGCUGGCAGCUGGGAAUCUACGGCGUAUAGUUCUGCUCUCGGUAAUGCACAUGCACAAGGCUGGUCAUUUCGCGGGCUGUAA